AUGUGCGACGCCGAGCUUGCCGCGCUCGCUUCCCUCGUCGAGCGCAACGAGGGCAUCGAUCCAGCUCUCGGUGCCCUGCGCACCGCGGCUCUUUUGCUCAAGAAUGCCGCGGCUGACAAGUCGAAGGGUGUGCUGCGGGCUGACAACAAGGCGCUGCGGAGCAAGAUCCUCGGCUUGGACGGUGGCGCAGCAGCGCUGCACGCGCUAGGCUUUCGCGCCGACGUUGAGGAUCCGGAGCAGGCGACCACCUUCAGCUUGGCGGCCUCGUCCUCGACGGCGGCGCUCGCAGAAGCGGUGGGCGAGGCUGUGGCUCGCGUCGUGGCGCUGAAGGAUGCGAUCGUUGCCGUCGGCGACUCGAACGCGCCACAGGCCGCGCAGGACGCGCUGCGCCUCGCGGCGACGUAUGUCACAAAUCUUGCGUCCGACGCCGCAAAUGAGCGAAAGCGGCGAAUCGGUGCGGCGAACAAAGCGCUCGCCUCGCGCCUACUCGGCGCGAGCGGCGGCGCGGCGCUUCUGUUCGCCGCGGGGUUUGCUCCCGAGCCUGCAGAGGCGCCCGAGGCGUUCGUCUGCGCUCUGCCCGCGGCGGAGGUGGGGCUCGUCGCUGCGGGUUCGCUCCCCUGCCCAGGCGGUGUGGCAGGCGAGGAGGCGGCGGGGGAGCCGAGCCCGUCCGAGGCGGUGACGAGCGUGCCACGCUUCGCCACGCUGCCUCUGGUCGACGCCCUUUGCGCGGGCGGGGCCCCGCCAGGAGGCGCGGACAUGCAGCCGAAACUGGCCAAGGCGAGGGACGGCCAGGCGGUGGUGCUGCUCUGCUGGCAGUCUGCUUCGAAGCGGUGGUCGCGCGUCGGGCAGAUGCCGAUCCCCUCCACUUCCUUCGCUUGGGCGCAGACGCUCCCCGAUGGCUCCGAGCCCGCCCUCUCCAUUGACGUCGACUUGGGCGAUGGCAAACUCCUUGAGCUGCGCGCGGGAGUGGGCGGCGGCGACAACGAGUACCUCGCGGCGAAACGUUUCAUCGACGCCAACUGGGAGAGCCUCAACAACAACCACCUCGAAGAGAUUGCGCGCAAGGUGCGCGCCGCCGUCGGGCCGGUCCUGGCAACGGUGGAGGCGCUCCGCGACGCAAUGGAGGCGCAGAACUGA